AUGCAAGCAUCCAGUCAUAUUCAUCUGCCAUUUAAUGUAAAUAUUAUUGAUAUUACGGUAACAGCUAAUGUUUUAUACGGUAUAACAAGUGCAGUUUUAAAUCAAAUUGGAGAUUUUCAAUCAGACUUUGAUCAAGAUAUGCAGGUAUUAACACAAGUUUAUUAUCCAUCUCAUUAUAAUUUUCUUUGGUAUGUAUCACGUACAUUAUUUCUGUUAGAACAAGCACGACAAAACAAACAAUUACAACCAGUAGCAUUCGAUCUUGUUUACAACAAACUAUCUAACACAUUUAGAAGUUACGUUUAUCUGUAUAUACAGAAUCAUAUAAAUAAAGAUAGUGAUAGUCGAUAUUAUUUCGAGGAGUUUCUAGGUACAAAUGAUACAGAUACAUUUGGUAAACGGACACCAACAGGUGAAGAUCGAAUAUUUUCAACAGCACUUGUUGUUAACUGUCUCAUAGCAUCAUUUACAUAUUUUAAUGCAACCACAAAUCAACUACAUUGGGUGCUAGCAUCAUCGUUAACUGAUGUAAAACUAUUAAUAGACAAAUCAGUGCAAUGUGUAAAUGGCAUUCAUUGGUAUCCAGCAAAUAUAUAUCAAUUUUUAAAUGGAACUAAUUUUAAUCCUAAAGACUAUCAUCUACAACUGGAUGAUAUAGCAUCAACAAUUGACAAUGUUAUAUGUGGUGUACAAAGUUUAAUUGAUGAACAAGAAUAUACACAAAUGCUAAAACAGUUACAUUUUAAUGUAUCAACACCAACAACAUUUAAUGGUUAUAAUCAGCCAGAUGCAGUAUUUCCAUUUUGGUUAUCACAACCGUAUACAUAUUCAACAACGUUAUUAGCUUUAUCACAAUAUAAUAAUUUAAUUUCAACUAAUAUAGACCUGGAACAGCUAGUUUGA